GACAGCUCCGCCCAGCUCUCCCACUCGCAGUUUUUUAGUCGUUGUGGCGAAUGACGCGAUCUCCAGCGUUGUGUGACGGACGGCCACCGCGAUUCUCCGCCACUUUUGGCUUCUUUUCUCGUCAUCGCGUUGAGUCGUCGCCCGUUUUUUUGACGGCUAAGCGAGGCGGACGCAAGUGCGAUUACGCCCGAGUGUUUGAUGGCGGCUGGGGAUGGAGCCCAGCUGCCGGCCACCGUCGCGGCCAGUCGGAGUGUGGAGAAAGCCCUGGAGGACGCCGCCGCCAGCGGAGCUCUCAACUUGGCCAACCGAAAACUUAAAGAAUUCCCCCGCAACGCCAAGAACUACGAUCUGUCCGACAUUACCCACGCAGAUUUGUCCAAGAAUCGUCUUUGCGAGCUGCCAGAGGAGCUAGGUCACUUUAUUUCGUUGGAGACGCUCAGUCUUUACCACAAUGGGAUGCGUUCGCUAUCCUCCUGCCUGGGGAACCUCCAGGCCCUUACCUACCUCAACCUCAGCCGUAAUCUGCUGUCCAGUUUAUCCCCGUCUGUGUUCGAGCUUCCGCUCCUGCGAGUGCUCAUCGUCAGUAACAACAAGCUGUCUUCCCUGCCUUCCUCCGUAUUUGCUCUCGCGCACCUCCGGCAGCUGGACGUAAGCUGCAACGAUUUGCAGUGUUUACCCGUGGAGCUCGGCCAGCUGGAGUGUCUGCGGGACUUGAACCUGAGGAGGAACCAGCUCCGCACCUUGCCCGAAGAAAUUUCCGAGCUCCCGCUCGUUCGCCUCGAUGUGUCCUGCAACCGGAUCACCCGGGUUCCCCUGUGCUACCGCCACUUGCGGCAUCUCCAGAGCAUCUCGUUGGACAACAACCCGUUACAGAUGCCCCCGGCGCAGAUUUGCUCCAAGGGCAAAUAUCACAUCUUCAAGUAUCUCAACAUGGAGGCCUGCAAGAGGAGCCAGGAGGAGCUAGAGAGGCACCUAAGGCCCACUGGCUUCAACAGCUGUUUGUCUGACCAGGAGUUCUUCACCAGUCAGUUCGGAGGACUGGACUCCGGUUUCAACAGCGUCGAUAGCGGCAGCAAAAGAUGGUCCGGCAACGAGUCCGCAGAUGACUUCUCGGAACGGUCCCUCCGCAUUUCCGAAGUCAGCAGAGAUCGGAGAAACCUGGAGGAGGAAGAAGAAGAAGAGGAGGAGGAAUCUCCUCUUGAAGUCAAUAAAGUCAACGGCCAAGCGGAGCAGGUGGAUUUCAUUGACAGCAGCGUUACCGAGGAAGAGGAGGAGGAGGAGGAACUGAAGACGGAUCCACCUACGCCUCCCUGCUCAGCGCUGGAAGUGAAGCAGAAAUCUGCGCCGUCCCAUGAUAAGAACUCGACAAUGUGCCGACCUAGUCUUCACGUGGAGAUCGCUAGCUCGCCGGCAGCCACACCCCUGAGCAAAUCUCCGACCAGCAGCCCCACCUCAGAAGAGCGCCGCCGGCCGGGCACGCUGCUCAUCUGGCAGGAACGAGAGCGACUUCAGCAGCAGCAACAGGGAGAGAAGGCCAGCUUGCCGAAGCCCCUCAUCAAAACAGGAAGUCUUGUGGCCUCCUCUGCGAUGACAGGAAGUAGUAGCUCCGAUGGACAAUCACCAGAAAACAGUCCGUCCCGCUGCGGUCUUCGACAGAGAUGUGCGAGUACCGAACAGGCCUUCGCACCGAACUCUUCAGGGAUGCUGCUGCUUCUUCAACGCUCCAGGAGCCGAACAGAAGGACCGUCCUCUCUGAAGACAUCUCCUCCUCCUACGGUCAACCAGAAACCCAACAGCUUCCUGUUCCGUACAUCAUCCCGCAGCAAUGUCCGUCCCACGGGGUUGUCCUCGAGCGACUCCCGCGCAAGCUUGCGCUCACCAAAAGAGGAGACCGCGGACGCCGCGGAGCUUCGUAAGACUCUGGAAGCCCGGCUGAACAUCACCUUGGCAGAGGACCUGGAGGAGGCGCUGUCCGAUGGCACCGUCCUCUGUCAGCUGGUCAACAGCAUUCGAGCACGCUCUGUCUCCAUCAUCCACAUUCCGUCCCCGGCAGUGCCCAAACUGAGCUCGGCCAAGUGUCGCCUCAACGUGGAGAACUUCAUCGCUGCUUGCCGCAAGCUCGGCGUCCCGGAGAUGGACAUUUGUGUGUGCUCCGAUGUGCUUUUGUGUAAGCCGGCCCGCGUGCUGCGAAGCGUGGAGGCCUUGCUAGCCCUGGAUGACGGAGCGGCGCGGUCCCCGCUGCUGGCCGCCGAUUUCCUGCUCUUCUACUGCGCCGCCAUGGCGCUGCUCUACGUCCUCUACUACUCCCUUCUCGCCUAAGACCAAACACUACAAUGCCUUGGCUUAGAAAACCACUACAACGCCCCGUUUUCUCCCGUCUCGUAUUCACGGCAGCGGCUAGCGACACACAGGGUGACAACAUAGCAUUUUUCCCACUUUUUUUUGGUUGUAAUUUUUGCACUGCUCGAAUCUUUGUCGCCUCCUAAAGAGGCAAACUGUGAAUGUCUACUUUAUAACCUGUCACAAGCACGACCCGAGUGCCUCUGAACUGACAAGACCCUUUGACUUGUGGCAGAACUAAAAAGGUACAUACUACAUAUUUUUUGUGUUUUGUCAACCGGCUGACUUUGUAAAGAUGUAAACAGGUUGUUAUUAAAUUAUAUCUUUUUUUAUUUAUUUUCAAGUGGAUUACGGAACUUGCGAAAUGGAACCUGCUAAGCUGAAAAUUUUUCUCGGUUAAUUUGGCACUUGUAACCGAUUCCCUUAUGGCUUUACUCUCCUCCCAACUGCUGUGCGAUGGUUGGUCCCCGUUAAGCUUUAUUUGUCCUGUCUGCUGCUGUUUUAUACAGUUUCUACUGGCUUAUACUGUUUGCAUUGGAUGUGCACUGUUGAAUUCCAAAUGUCUAUUUUACGAACCAGGCUUAUCCCGCCGGUUUCCGACGGCAUUCUCCGAAAUUUUGUUAUUUCGUUGGGAUAUUUAUACAUACUAUCGACUCCUUUUUCAAGUUGAUAUAAAUAUAUUUGUUAGAUUUUUUUCCUCCCUGCUGUUGCAAAGAAUUUAUUAAAAAUGGACUUUAUUACCA